AAUUUUUGUCUAGUCUGUAAUAACGAGUAGAUAGUUCUGCUCAAAGUGAAAUCUGCAUGUUCUGAUAGAGUACGAAGCGUCAUAUAUAACAGUCCUACUUCGAUAAAUGGAAAAAUAUUGAUCAUCAUGAAUAAUUUAAUGAGCUGUAUGCUAUCUCUAAAUGAUAUCCCUUCGAAUUAUUUAAUGAUCAUAUUGAUUCACACCGGCCAUAAUGAACGAUCGGCAUAACGGCGAUUUGUUCGAAUUAAGCCAGAAGGAACGUCACAUAAAAAACAACCGUCACCGCAAUAACAAAGUUUCCCAAUAUUUUUAUCCAAAGCUCGAAUCUACAUCAUCGAGAGCUGGUCAGCAAAUUAGCAACAGCUGUGUAAUAUGUGUAAGAAAGUUUAUAUGCCGAAUGUGACGUAUUCUCUUUUUUUUUUGCGACACCACAUGUUCGUUGAUAAGAUGUGACACAAACAUGAAUGAUAAAGAUUAAUUAUGCGAUAUGCUUCAUCGAAUGGAAAAGGGAAGAUAAUGGACCACGCGGCCACGCCUGGCGAUCCGAUUGGCCGCUGGACGCACUUCAAUUUGAUCAACUUUUUACCUCUUCGUUACGCAACAACCUGUUAUAUACACGCACACAUAGACCGAACUUGCCUCGAGACCUAUGUGAUUCAGCAGCUAACCGGUUUGCUCAAAGUUACUCCGGACAGUAUGUGUUUAACCAGCAGGCCGUAAACAUCUCCGACGUACCAUUUGAUACUUAUACGUGACGUGUUUUUGAAGAAGCGAAAGAUGAACUCGUCUGUAUUCAGAUCAGCCCUCCGGGACAUGCCGCGGAAACUGACGCAAACACGCGAAGUACAUUUGUGCGCAUCGAGACUCCAGCACCAUCCUCUGACACAAUUUUCAGAAGAUGAACUUAUGAUGAAGGAGACCGUCACUAAACUAGCUAAGGAAGAAAUCACUCCACUCGUGCGGAAAAUGGAGAAAGAGGGGAAGAUAGACGACGGCCUUCUGAAGAAGCUCUUCGAGAAUGGCUUGAUGGGCCUCGAAAUUCCGACCGAAUACGGUGGCACCGGUGGCAAUUUCAUGAGCACAAUUUUAACCGUUGAAGAAGUCGCGAAGGUCGAUGGUGCCGUAGCCGCUCUCGUUGACAUUCACAACACUUUGGUAAACUCGCUGAUCAUCAAAGUCGCUUCCGAGGAGCAAAAGCAGAAGUAUCUGUCUAAAUUGGCACAAAGCUGCGCUGGUAGCUUUUGCCUAACGGAACCCGGCUCGGGCUCAGAUGCAUUUUCUCUCAAGACCGAAGCGAAAAAGGACGGUGGUGAUUACGUGAUAAACGGCACGAAAAUGUGGAUUUCGAAUUCCGAUAUCGCUGGAAUUUUCUUGGUUUUCGCCAAUGCGGAUACUUCUGCGGGAUACCGCGGUAUUACGACAUUCUUCGUAGAGCGUGACAUGCCUGGUCUGACGGUAGCUAAGCCCGAGGACAAGCUAGGUAUCAAAGCAUCCGGGACUUGUAUGGUUCAUUUCGAUAACGUCAGGGUACCCGAAAGCAACAUCUUGGGUCAGUUUGGACACGGAUACAGAUACGCUGCUGGAUUUCUCAACGAGGGUAGGGUCGGAAUAGGGGCUCAAAUGAUCGGUAUAGCUCAGGGUUGCUUGGACGCGACUAUACCGUACACGCUGGAAAGGAAACAAUUUGGAAAAGACAUCUUCUCAUUCCAAUCGAUGCAACAUCAAAUAGCCCAGGCUGUAACCGACGUGGAAUGCGCCAGAUUGCUGGUUUACAACGCAGCUAGGCUGGUGGACGCUAAGAAAGACGUUAUGAAGGAAGCAGCUAUGGCCAAAUUAAUCGCAUCCGAGACCGCGGUGCGUGUCACUGCAAAGUGCAUAGACUUCAUGGGAGGCGUCGGAUUUACGACGGAUUUCCCCCAGGAGAAAUUCUUCCGGGAUUCGAAGAUCGGCACGAUUUACGAGGGUACGAGUAACAUGCAGCUGUCAACGAUCGCAAAAUGUAUACGCAAGGAUUAUUUGUAACAGCGGACGACACGAACUUCCCAAACUUUGUGAUUUAUACUUCCCAAACUUUGUGAUUUAUACUUAACUCAUAUAAAAACGUGUAUUAUAAUUAAAAAAUAAGAGAUAAAGUAUACUAUUAUUUUAAAGACAUA